AUGAGCGCCUCCCAACAGUCUGCGUUCGCUAACCCCUAUGCCACCUCCAUGACCAUGGCCCCGCCAGUGGUCCCUCAAGCGUCCCCCCAAUUGCCCGUCAAUUUGGGUUCCAACAACCCCUUUCGAAACCGUGCCCUGUCGCCCGCCAGUUCCGCCAACUCGGGCUCCCGACCGGAGCGCCCAACCUCCACCAACCCCUUCUUGGACGAUACCGACCCCUUGUCGCCCCAGUCCGCCCCCGUUGGUGUCACCCCCUUCUCCCCCGUCGACCGGCCCGACAUGACUGGCAACACGCGCGAGCUCUUUGCGAACCUCUCCCUCAACCCGACUCCCCCCCAGCCCGCCCAACCACCCACGGGCUUCCGUCAGGCGCCGCCCCGGCCGAAUAAUCCCCCGCACAAGUCCUCGAGCACCCGGGCGCCCCCCUCGAGGGAACGCGCCGAACGCCGCCGGCCCAAGGAUCCCCUCGACAUCUUUGCCGAUCCCCCCAAGACCAGCAGUGGCAAACCCCGCGGAGACCGCGAGCGCCGCCCGCGUCGCAACUCCGAGUCCUCCGUCAUCGACCGGGCCUCCAAGCUGCUCGACACGGAAGAUGAUCAGCGCCGACGGGAGCGCCGGCGUCGCGAACGCGAGGCCCGUCACGGCAAGUCGCGCUCGAAGAAGGCCCAUUACCAGCUGGAUAUCAUCGAUAAGCUGGAUGUGACCAGCAUCUACGGAACCGGCAUGUUCCAUCACGACGGCCCCUUCGAUGCCUGUAACCCCAGCCGCAAUCGCAAGGGCCUGCGGGCCGCCCCCAUGCAGGCCUUCCCCAAGGACUCGAGCAACAUGGCUCUGGGUGGCGCCGGACCGAACAACGAAAAGAUCGACCUCAACCUGUUCAACGGCACCAUGCAGGAGGGUUACAACGACUUCGCGUCCACGGGCGUCUCCAGCCGCACCGAGGGCGGCAGUUUCGACCCGAAAUCCCGCAUUGAACCCGUCCACGGACCCAACAGCAUGGGUCUGGGGACCAGUACCUUCCUCGAAGGGGCUCCCGCCAGCAAAUUGGCCAUGCAGCGGCGCGCGAGCGAGAAUGAGAACCAGAUCGCCGGGGGCAUGUCCAACGGCGGCGGGCUGCAGCGCAAGAAGAGUCUGGCGCAACGUCUCCGUGGCAUCAACCGGGCCCCGAGCGGCCGCGUGGCCUCGCCCGAGGCCUCCUACACCGUGGCCGCCGGCUCCGCCGCCCCCGGAUCGGCCCGCGGCAAUGACAAGAAUCCCUUCUAUCAGGACUACGACGAUGCGUAUGAGAAGAAGGGCGCGCAGAUCGCCGAAGGCCCGACUGAGCUGAAGCGGUCCCAGUCGGCUGGCUCGGACAAAGGGGCCGGACUGGAACGGCGCCACACGAACGAGCCCACCCGGUCCUACACCACCACGUUCGAGGAGGGCAAAACCGGCGGUGCGGCCGGAGGUGGCUUCCUCAACCGCAUGAAGAGUCUGCGGAAGCCCCGUCCCGAACGACGGGUGACGGACGAAUGA